AUGGCUGAUUUAACAAUCCAACAAGCAAAAUCAUACAAGGGACUCCAAUGGCAAGUACUGUUUUCUAUCUUAUUUUUGGGGUUUUGUCAUUCAAUUUCUGCUCAGCUUCAUUAUUCUAUUUUUGAAGAAAUGAAAAAGGGCUCUAUUGUAGGCAAUAUUGCAAAAGAUCUUGGAUUAAAUAUUAAGGAUUUGUCAUUUAGAAAAGUCAGAAUUGUAUCUCGUGCCUCUGAAAAGUAUUUUACUUUAAAUGUAGAAAAUGGUAAUCUAUAUGUUAAAGAAAGAUUAGAUAGAGAGACAUUAUGUGGAGCAGAUAUAAUAUGUCUCCUAACCUUUGAUGUAGUGGUUGAAAGUCCCUUGAAUGUUUUUCAUGCUACAAUUGAAAUACAAGAUAUAAAUGAUAAUGCUCCAAGAUUUUUUUACAAAACAACUGAAUUUGAAAUUGUUGAAUUUACUUCGCCUGGAGCAAGAUUUGCUUUGCAAAAUGCACAAGAUCCAGAUGUUGGCAGUAACUCAGUAUUAAACUAUAGGCUUAGUGAUAAUCAGCAUUUUAUACUGAGUGAAAAAAUUGGCAGUGAUGGAAGCAAAACACCAGAACUUGUAUUAGAAAAACCUUUGGACAGGGAAAUAAAGGACAUAUAUGAUUUAACACUAACAGCAGCAGAUAAUGGAAGUCCUAUCCAAACUGGUGAUCUUUUAAUUAAAAUAAUUAUAACUGAUGUUAAUGACAACAUUCCUAUAUUUACUCAAGAUAUAUAUAAAGUGACUAUAAAAGAAAAUACCCAAAUUGAUUCUACACUUAUCUGUGUGCAUGCAGCUGAUAAAGAUGAUGGCAUUAAUGGAGAAAUAACAUACUCUUUUAGCAGUAUUCCAGAAAAUGCUCUAAAUAUAUUUGAUAUCAACCCUAAAAGUGGAGAAAUAAAAACAAAUGAAAAUUUGGAUUUUGAAGAAGCAAGACAUUAUGAAAUCUCAGUGCAAGCAAAGGACGGUGGUGGUCUGGUUGCCCAUUGCAAAUUAUUAAUAGAAAUUUUAGAUGUAAAUGAUAAUGCACCUGAUAUAUCAAUAACUUCAAUGUCUACAUCAGUUCCAGAGGAUUCCCUACCUGGCACAGUAGUAGCACUAAUUGAAGUUCAUGACCAAGAUUCAGGAGAUAAUAGUGUAGUUGACUGUCAAGUUAUAGAAAAGGUACCUUUUACAUUAAUAAUAUCAUCAGGUAACUAUUAUAAAAUAGUUACAACAAGUGCAGUUGAUAGAGAAACAGCACCUAGUUAUAAUAUUACAAUUCUCGCAACAGACAAAGGACUUCCUUCUCUGUCCAGCAAAAAAAUAUUAACUGUAGAAAUAUCUGAUAUAAAUGAUAAUGCGCCUGUUUUUUUAAAGAAUUUGUACAUUGCCUAUAUACCUGAAAAUAAUCCACCUGGAUCAUCCAUAUAUAGUAUUUAUGCCACUGAUCUUGAUAUUGGAGAGAAUGCUAAGCUAAUUUAUUCUAUUUGUGUCAUAAAUACGGAGGAGCAUUCAACAUCCUCAUAUCUUUCUAUUAACCCAGUGACUGGAGUUCUCUAUUCACAGUGCUCUUUUGACUAUGAGGAACAGAAAGAAUUUUAUAUACAAAUAAUGGCCAGGGAUAGUGGAUCACCACCUCUCAGCAGUAAUGCAACUCUCAAGAUCUCUAUAGUUGAUCUUAAUGAUAAUGUACCAGAAAUCCUCUAUCCUAUGGCAGCAAGUGAAUCAGAUUCAACUUUAAUUGAAAUGGUUCCACUUGGUUCUGAAGAAGGGUCAUUAGUAUCAAAGGUGGUAGCAGUAGAUGCUGAUUCUGGACACAAUGCUUGGCUUUCUUAUCAUUUUAUACAAGUAUCAGAACCAUCUCUUUUCACUAUUGAUCACCGUACAGGAGAAAUCAGGACAUCGCAUGCUUUAAAAAAAAAUGAUAUAUUAAGACAAAGAGUUAUAAUUAUGGUAAAGGAUAAUGGAAAUCCUUACCUCUCAGCCACAGUUACUUUAAAUCUGUUUAUUGCAGAGCAUUUUUAUAAGGUGCUUCCUGAACUCAGUGAGAAAGUCCACAAUGAAGAGCCUCAAUCUGAUUUAAAAAUAUAUUUAGCAAUAGCAUUGGCACUUAUUUCAUUUUUAUUUAUUCUAACAAUUGUGUUAGUAAUAAUAUUCAGAUGUAAGCAUUCAAAGUCUUCUACAAAUUUUGGUCCGCCAACCACAAAUCUGUAUUCUCAAGUUGACCCCAGAUUGCUUUCUCAAUGGAGCAAUGGAACAUUACCACCUUACUCAUAUAAUGUUUGCGUAGCCUUAGAUUCAAGUGAAAGUGAUUAUACUUUUCGAAAGCCUGUUCAGAAUGUUCCAGUCGACAAUCUGAUUGAUCAUGAAGACUCAACAGUUGAGAAUGAAACUACGACUGAAGCAACAUCUAAUAAUGUACUCUUUCAGUGUGAGAUCCAGUGUGGGGAGGAUCAUGUGACUAUGACGUCACCAUUAGCUGAACACGAAGCUCCAGUAAUUGUGAAUCAGGUUCACAGAGGUUGUUAA